GUCAGUUAAUGGGCAAUACAGCUUGUGGGAAAUGGUGAAGUAGUAUCUGAAGUCCAGGAGAAGAAGAGCAGAAAGAAGCCCAAAAAAUAUCAAUUACAAUACCAGAGAACAGCAAAAAGAGAGCAAAGCAGAGAAAAAAGAAAGCCGAGAAAAAUUAAGAAGAAAGUUGAGAAGAAAACCAAAAAAAAAGCCAAAGGUUCUAAAAAAAAUUUACCAGCAGAGAUAUUAGAUCAAAAGGAAUUUUAUGACCAGUUCUCGGACUCUGACUGUGAAAAUUCUGACUAUGGCGACAUGCAUACCAAGCCAAGCUUGAUGAGGAAAGGGUAUUGCAAGCAAAUGUUUAAGAAUUUUGUCUAUGAUUGGAUCAAAGAAAAUCUAGAGUCUGAAAAAGCACUCGCCAAAUUCAUUAGACUUGGGCCUUUCAAAGUGAAAACAAGGGAUGCUGGAGCUUCUGAUGAUACUUCUCCUUACAAAAUCCAGAAAAAAGUGGAAUAUGGUAAAAGCAGUAGCAAGGAGAACAACGGGGAAAAAAUGAAGUCUCUGUAUUUUGGAGAAUUCCUUGGGAACUGUAAACAAGGAAGAGGAGUAUAUUUGGAAAACAAACAAAAUCUUUACGAAGGAUUUUUUAUAAAUGACAAGCCUGAAGGCAAGGGCAGACUCAUAUAUAGUAACGGAGAUAUCUACCAAGGGGAGUUCGAGAACGGCAAAUUUUCUGGAUAUGGCAAACUAGUAACAAAGGCUGAUUUCUGCCAAGGAAAUUUCAAAGAUGGGAGACUCAAUGGCGUUGCCCUUGAGAUAAUGAAACAGUCCCCGAAGGAUAAGUACUUUGGUCAUUUCGUGAACGGCAAGAAACAUGGUGAAGGAGAAUUAAUCUUUGAGGACGGAGAUGUGUAUAAUGGAGAAUUUAAGAAUGAUAAGUUCCACGGAGAAGGAACAAUGAAAUAUGAUAAUGGUGAUGUGUACACAGGGCAUUAUGAAGAUUCAGUGAUGGAAGGUAGAGGAAAACUUACCUUAAAAACAGGAGAAGUCUAUGCUGGAUGCUUUGAAAAUGAUAUGUUUGAAGGUCAAGGAACAUUGACUAAGAAAGAUGGUAACUCAUAUGAAGGAAACUUCCACUUGGGAAAGAAGCAUGGUGAAGGAUACCAUAUUGACAGAAGAGGGAAAAGAACAAGAGUUAAAUACGAGAAUGGAAAGGAAGUUGAAUAA